UGGGGAUUUUAUAGCAAUGUUGAAUCGAAUGCAAUUUUAGAGAAGAAUGUCCCUAUUUUACGUCGGUUCUUUUUUUGAUAGCAUCUCUAUGUUUUCAUUUAUCAAUGCACGUAUCCAUAGUAAUCGAGGAAAUGUAUAAAAGUUGCACUAGAAUAGUUUAGAUUUUAAAUUUUGGAAUUUAGAUUGAACUGUGUGUCGUAUUCCUAACCUGAUAUAUAUACAUAAGUCAUUUACAAUACAUCACGUUAGAUACAAAAACCGAAUCAUAAUGUUUAUUAUUACUUUCUUUAUUUUAUCAAUGACAUUGCAUAGCACAUAUUGUGAAAAUUUUGAUAUUGAUACAAAUGGCUACAUUGUUUAUUGUCCCUGUAUGGGAAGAUUUGGAAAUCAAGCAGAUCAUUUUUUAGGUGCUUUAGGAUUCGCAAAAGCCUUAAAUAGAACAUUAGUUCUACCACCAUGGGUUGAAUAUAGAACUGGAGAGACAAGAUCUAUACAAGUUCCUUUUGAUACAUAUUUUAAUGUUUCUCGAGUACAAAGUUGUCAUAAGGCAAUAGUUAUGGAAGAUUUCAUGAAGGAUAUUGCACCAAGGAUAUGGCAACCAAAGGAAAGAGUAUCUUUUUGUUACUCUGCACGUGGAAAAGGGGAUUCAUGCAAUGCUAAAGAAGGAAACCCAUUUGGUCCAUUUUGGGACACAUAUAACAUAGAUUUUGUAAAAUCAGAAUUUUAUGGUCCUCUGCAUUAUGAUGUUUAUCAUACAGACAUGGCAUUACAAUGGGGAAGACAAUACCCUGCUAUAAACUGGCCAGUAUUGGCUUUUACAGGUGCACCUGCUAGCUUUCCUGUUCAGUUAGAAAACAAAAAGUUACACAAAUGUCUUGAAUGGAAUACAGAUAUGCUUAAUAAAGCAAAAGCAUUUGUAAAAGAAAAAUUACCUAGAGGAGCAUUUGUAGGAAUUCAUUUACGUAAUGGAAUUGAUUGGGUUCGUGCUUGUGAAUUUAUAUCAAGUACACCAAACCUUUUCGCUGCUCCUCAAUGUCUCGGUUAUCGAAAUGAACGCGGAAAAGCAACUUCUGCUAUGUGCUUGCCAACAUUUGAUUUGAUAGUACGUCAUUUAAAACGUGUUAUACGUAAUGGCAAUGACAUUAAAUCAGUAUUUGUAGCAUCUGAUAAUAAUUACAUGAUUGAGGAACUUACUAAAGCAUUGGCACGUAUGGAAGUACCGGUGUUCAAACAAGAUCAGCCUGCAUCUCCUCAUUUAGACUUAGCUAUUCUUGGAAGAGCAAAUUAUUUUAUAGGAAAUUGUAUUUCUUCUUUCUCAGCGUUUGUAGCAAGAGAAAGAGAGAUUAAAGGAUAUCCUACAUUUUUCUGGGGCUUUCCUACGGAAAGAUCAUCAGCCUCCAUUAUGCAUGAAGAAUUGUAACAUUUGUAACUACCUUUAUCAUAUAUUUUCAUUUAUUCUUAAUUUCAUUCAUUGAUAAUUAAUAAGAGACAUUUACAUUUUAAUUAAAUUAUUAUAAAAACUUGAUGGACUCGUCUUUUUAUGUACCAUUUUUUUAAUAAAUAUUGAACUAACUAAUAAUGAACUAUAUA